UGAAAAUGAGUUCGUAGGCUGGCCAACAGGUCGCUCCAAUCUUCGUUCUAUUGGUCAGGAAACAACACAAAACACGAGAGAGGCGUAGCCUUAACUUUAUAUAAGCCCACCCUGAAUAAAUGAAGAACAGUUACUAAGGAUUAUCUACCAUGCCAGUUAACGGCCACACUGCACCAGCACCCAUACCAUGUGAAUCGCUCUUAAGUUAAUAUGAUUAAACAUGUAAAUAAAUAUGGUGAAUUAGGACGAUAAGCGCUCGCUCCUCAAACUUGUUAUGGCUCACAAACCCAUCAAAUCGUUCACUAUUAACUCUAUUUUGGCUAAAAGUGCAACUGAUUGUGACAAAAGCAUCGCUGAAGCUUGUGAGCAUGAAGACAGUGAUUGUGAGUCGGAUUUGGACGUCACUGGGAGCGAUACGCCACCUCUGGACUGCUCCCAGAAGUCCGCCGAAGACAAAGAAGCGAACGAGGAAACCGAAAAAAAGAAAAACGAGAAACCCCCUUACAGCUACAACGCCUUAAUAAUGAUGGCAAUUAGAAACAGCCCCGAAAAGCGCCUGACUUUAAACGGCAUCUACGAACACAUCAUUCGACACUUCCCUUAUUACCGCGAGAACAAACAGGGUUGGCAAAACUCCAUUCGCCACAACCUCAGCUUAAAUAAGUGCUUCGUCAAAGUUCCCCGUCAUUACGACGACCCAGGCAAGGGCAACUACUGGAUGCUCGACCCCUCAGCCGAGGACGUCUUCAUCGGCGGCACCACCGGAAAGCUUCGCCGUCGGUCGACAGUCGCUUCGCGGUCUCGAUUAGCAGCUUUCAAACGGACCAUCGCUCUCAGCGGGUUCUAUCCCAAUCUACCAUUCGCCUCACCUUUUGGACACUUUUAUCCGUCGAUGCUGGCAGCGUCGGUGUAUCAGAGAUACAAUCCCUAUUUACAGCAGGCGUCUCUGAUGCCCAAACCGCCAACGCUACAUCAAAACCCAAUUAAUCUGGAGAGAUUAGAGGUUCCGUCGAGCUUUCUGAGGCAGUCGUCGAUGGUGGAGAUGUACAACAACAUUAAUAGUUUGAGGCUUGGGGCACCCAUUCAGUGUCCGCUGCAGAUACCGAUCCCGAUGGUACAUCAGAGUGGAGAUGGGUGUGGGAGUAGUUCGUCGGAGAGUGGGACAGCUGCUGCGGAAGGCCUUCUCAAGCCUGUCACUGUGAUAACUAGGAAUAAUUAAAAGUGCAGUCAGAAUCAAUGUACAAAUUGUAAAUAAAGUUGUCAGUGUGAAA